UGAAUAUCAUUAGCGAAACCAGUUUUCACAUACAAUACAGUCAAAGAUCGCGAUCGAGACCAGGGGCGGAUAAGACUCUUUUUGGCUUGUCUUUUUCAUGAUCAAAACAGCUCAAGAUGUCUGAUGUAACGCAAGAUAUGAUCUUGGAGUAUAUCCUACGUAAGGGUGGAAUGGUAAAGAAUGUUGAUCUAGUUCGACACUUCAAGAAGCAUCUUCAAGUUGAAGAUCCAAGAAUGAAAGAUCGAGCUCGAGAAGCUUUUAAAGAGAAAGUGAACUCUGUUGCCUACAUCAAGUCUGAAAGGGGCGACAAGUUCCUCCACUUGCGACCGCAGUUUGAGUUUAAACUGGCCCAGCCCCCUUCAGGACGAGUACCAAACGGACAGAGAUCCUCCAUCUCCUCAACAGAAGACGCGUUUUCACCUCGGAAACAAACUCUAACUCAACGAGACUCGCUUUCGUAUGAUUUUAAAUCUCCAGUAAAAUCUUCUCCACCUCCGAGACCGAUUACCAACUCAAGAGAGCCCAUCUCUAACAGCAUUGCUGGUGUCGCGCCGUCUCCGAAGAACACAGCUGUUCUAAACUCGUACAAGCCUGUCAGCAUAUCCCCUCCCCCUUCUAACUCUGUGUAUAGCCCACCAAGUGUAUCCAAGCCAGACUCUUCGAUGGACUUUGACCUUGGAGGCUCAGAUUUUGGCUCUUCUCUAUUUGCUCAACUCGAUUCGUUUGGGUCCUCACUUUUCACUAAUGAUACUGGUAGUAGUUCAUUGACUACUAGUGGUAAAACUAGUCUGUCUGCUUCCAACGUAACUUCCUCUUCUCGUCAAACGGGUUUGUCCAGUUCUAAUGUCGACUCUGCAUCUCAUCCCACUAGUUCAUCAAGCUCCUAUCUAGGCUCUCCAUCUCGGCAAACUGGUCCGUCCAGUUCCAAAGUAGACAGUUAUUCCAGCUCAAAUUUAGGCUCUACUUCUCGUCAAACCGGUUUGACCAGCUCAUCCAUAGGAGACAGCAGCUCAUACCGUGGGACCUCUUCAACCGCACCCAACUCUACUAGCAGCCUAAAAAGUUCGAACAAUACAGGGCAGUCGCAUCAGACAACUCAGCCGAGUUCUCUGUCACGCCACUCUGCUGUGAAGAGUGGUCUUCAAGUUGGGGACCGAGCCAGCUCUGGCUAUGGAUCACUGGGGAAGGCUUCAAACUCCCCCCACAGCACUUCCACGCCGAGCAAAACCCUUCAAAGCAGCAGCAGUGCAAACAAAUCAACAUCGAGCUCACUAUUUGAUGACCUUGAUACAAUGUUAGCUGGUCUGGAUUCCUCCAUCUCUAUGAGCCUAUUCGAUAGUACCCCCUCUAAACCCUCGUCAUCCACUGUUGACACGUCUGUCUCGAGUAAUGGCCCGGGGUCGUCUCUAAAUAGCCCACCCUCGAGUAAUGGCCCGAGGUCCUCUUUGAAUAGCCCACCCUCAAGCGUUUACUCCAAACCAGCAGCUUCCUCGACUAACAGCACGCCAUCGAAGACUGCGAACUCGAAUAGUGGAACAGGGUAUUCAUAUAACAGCAUACCCCCCAAGACAAACAGUGGUACAUCCUCCAGGCCAAUAAGAGAGUCAACACAGAGCAUGGCUAGUGCUACUUCUAUCGGUUCUUCUAAAUCGCUCUCAAGUACCUCUCCAGCCUUGACCAAUGGGAGCGAAGAAGUCAAACAUGUGACCAGUCGUCGCCCACCCCCUGGACCGUCUCCUGUCCCCAAACGCCCUGCCCCUAAGCCCCCCACUCGUAAAUCAAGCGAACAGAAGGAGAGUCCACUAAUGGCAAACACGCUUGGUCGACACACGACCACUUCCAACAGUCAUGAAAACUAUGGCUCAAAUACACAGUCUUUGGGACGACAACCACACUCCCCCAAAGCUGCAGAGGGUGUGGUCAAUCGUCACGGGGGUAAGGCAGACGAUCCAUCUCAUGGAACAUUGGGGGGUCUUGGACUGGAUUUUUUGAGUUCGUUUGGAAGUUUUGGAUCAUCUGCAGGGACGAGCUUAGAUUAUGGACCUCCACCACCCUCACAACCCCCACCCCUCUCACAACAGGCUCCACCCACACAACCUCCACCACCCUCACAGCGGGCUCCACCCGCUCAGACGGGGCACUCCAGAUUGUCUGAUAUCGGGCGACCACAGACAUCAACGGAGGAUGCCCCUGCAAUCAGAGUGGAGUCUCCUACCAAAAGCUCAGACACAUCCAGUCACACUGGUAGGAUCUCCCCAUUCAAUGUCAACGAGAGUGGACGUGGUCGAUCCCCAACAUAUACCAGUCUGGGGCCACGACCUCAUCACGAUUCUGCUGAGCGAUUAGGCCAAAAAUCUCAUCAUCUCUCCAACGAGCGGAUCCCAGCUGGCGUAGUGUUGCGUACUAGAGCUCCUAGCAACAUACAUCCGUCAGCCAACAGAAGAUCGAGAAACUUUGACAAAAACAGUAACCUCGAGAACAAGACUCGUCAGAUGAUAAUAGGGACGCCCCCCACAGCUCGACGUCACUCCAAACUCUUGGCCCCCCCUGAAGUUGCCCCCAAGCCGGCCAACAACAGUCAUGAGUUCCCACCAGCCAGGUCCAGAGAGGAUGUGUCACAGUACGGGGACGAGGAGGGGUCAGGGUCCCUACAAGGUACAGAACCAGACUACUGGGACAUUGACCCGUACGAGAAGGAAUGGAUGUUGGCCAAUGCUGAGGGUAACAUGGAGACAAUACAUCGCCUCUUUAUGACUGAGUCUUCGCUGGUGAACAGAAAAGACUUUCUCCAUGGUUACACAGCCAUGCAUUGGGCAGCCAAACACGGUCGUUGUGACUUGAUCACAGCUCUAGCAAUGAACGGGGCAACUGUCAACUUGAAGUCGAAUGUAAGUCAAUAUAUUUGUAGUGUAUCGUAAAUAGUUCAGUGUAAGGCUAAUUUCCUAUUAAUACAGGUAUCAAUUUCAGUGUAGGAUUGUAUGUCCAUGCAUGGUAGCUAUAGGUAUCGUCUUGUAUGGUGUCUACGUUUAGUUCACUCUCUCUCCCACCCAUCAUUCCCAUACAUGGAACUCUAUACACUUCUCCUCUUACACAUGGACUCUAUAGGGGGGGCUGACUCCUCUGCAUUUGGCAGCUGCCAGUGGUCACGACAACGCAAUACAAUUUCUGGUCCAGGAAUACAAUGCCAAUGUGAAUGCCCGUGACCACGGUGGACGGAGACCUGUCGACGUACUCAACCCAAAGUGCCAACAGAAGACAAAAGGUAUGCUCUCAAACAUUAACAACCACGGGCUACCAGUUCCUUCAAUGCACUGGGUGAACAACCUCUCCUCGUUUAGUCGCCCUCGUAGUUCCAGCACCCUCUCCCGUACCUGGAGCUCGGUGGGGGACAUUAAUCGGAAACACCACGCCUCAGAACCCACUCGGAGACGAAACUCACCAAAGUCCAUACGCAAGAGUUUCAGUUUCAAAAGGACGACGCGCAUCAAGGUCGUAGAGCCGACCUCUCCUUCUAAGAAAGACAAGAAGGCAGAAAAAAAAAGCAAAAAGCAAUCAAAGCGGCCUCACAGUGAUGCUCACUCCUACUCAACCAGUAAAAACUGGGACGUUUAGAACAAAUUUUUUUGUCAGUUUGAGAUUUAAUUUCAGAAAGUUUUAACCAGCCAGCAAUUUGUUGUGUAGUCGUGGCAAUGACCGUUGCACUCCUUCACUUGUUUGUACCACUGCAAUCCGAAUUAUUAUGUAUGCUCUAUUAUAUAUAUAUAGCACAUGUUCACAAGAUUUAAUUUUUAUACAUAAUGCACAUGUGUAUUGUAAUUAUGUGGUCUAUAUAAAAGUUUGUGUACAAAAUGUA